CCCAGAUGGAUCAUGUUGAUCACAGUCUGACCACUGAUUCCAAAGUAGUCACUUGCACUCUUUAUAAACUACAUAAGAUUUUAGUGAUAAUGGCUAAUCAUUACUAUGUGAGCUAUAACUCUAAUCAAUUCUUGAAAAGAAAAACUAAACCAAAUUACUCAGUACUUAUCAAAGAGGAGUUUCAUGAUAUUGUACUACAGAAUGUUCACAAGACUAUUGAUAACUUUAUAAAAUCAGAAAAUGAAGCUAAAAACCGCUAUCUCGAUAUUCCGUGUUGGGAUCAUUCGCGGGUUGUGAUAGAAUCGAAGAACGGCGAGCCAGAUUACAUACACGCGAACUGGAUAAAUGGAUUUGAAGAAAAGAAAAAGUUCAUCGCUAUGCAGGGACCUAUGAAAAAUACCGUAGCUGACUUUUGGAAGGUUGUAUGGCAACAACAUAGCCAUGUCAUAGUGAUGUUAACGAAGACUAAAGAAGGUGGUAACGAAAAAUGUCAUCAGUAUUGGUGUCCUCAUGAAAACAGUUUGUUGGUUACGGAACAAUACACCAUUGAAACUUUAAGAAUCACGACUAGACCAAAUUAUAUCAGAACAUUUCUAGAAAUGACUGAUAAAACCACCCAGCGAACACGAAAAGUAACUCACUUCCAGUGCAUUCAUUGGCCAGAACAUAGUACUCCAUCUGAUUUGGCGUGGUUCGUUGACUUCAUAAAAAUGACAAACAGAGUACGAAAAGCGUACAUGAAGAUAUCCUCGGAAGAUUUGAAAGACUCUUCUAGCCCGAUCAUCGUGCACUGUAACUCUGGUAUAGGAAGAACUGGGACCUUUUGUGCUGCAGACAUCUGCUUAAACCAGUUGGUGAAAACUUCAAAGAUUUCCAUACCGGAAACAGUUCGAACAGUCCGUGAGCAAAGACACUCGGGUAUUAUAAGACUGAGGCAUUAUAUGUUCAUUCAUCGAGUGCUAGAGUAUUUCUUAACUGCAGUGCAAAAUAACUUUCAUAAAUCUUAUGAUCAUAAUUGUCCUGUUUGUUAUUAAGGAUGGUUAAACAUAUUUAAGAUUGUUCGAUAGAAUUUUUGUCAUAGGUCAGUAAUGUAUGCACAAAUGCUUUAUGGUUGAUGAAAA